GCGGCCCGGCCCCGCGGGCACCAUGCACAGCCUGGCCACGGCCGCGCCUGUGCCAACAGCGCUGGCUCAGGUAGACCGGGAGAAGAUCUACCAAUGGAUCAAUGAGCUGUCCAGCCCCGAGACGCGGGAGAACGCGCUGCUGGAGCUGAGCAAGAAGCGGGAGUCUGUGCCUGACCUUGCCCCAAUGCUCUGGCACUCGUUUGGCACAAUUGCAGCUCUCCUGCAGGAAAUUGUAAAUAUUUAUCCGUCAAUCAACCCUCCAACUCUGACAGCCCAUCAGUCCAACAGAGUGUGCAAUGCUUUAGCUCUGCUCCAGUGUGUUGCAUCACAUCCCGAAACAAGGUCAGCUUUCCUGGCAGCUCACAUCCCUCUCUUCCUGUACCCCUUCCUGCACACGGUCAGCAAGACGCGGCCGUUCGAGUACCUGCGGCUCACGAGUCUCGGAGUGAUUGGGGCAUUGGUGAAAACAGAUGAGCAAGAAGUGAUAAAUUUCUUAUUGACAACAGAAAUUAUCCCCCUGUGCUUACGUAUCAUGGAGUCUGGCAGCGAACUCUCCAAAACGGUUGCUACGUUUAUUCUUCAGAAAAUCCUCCUGGAUGACACAGGACUGGCGUAUAUCUGUCAGACAUACGAGCGGUUUUCCCAUGUUGCCAUGAUACUGGGUAAAAUGGUCCUGCAGCUUUCCAAGGAGCCCUCGGCACGGCUGCUGAAACACGUGGUGCGCUGUUACCUUCGCCUCUCCGAUAACCCCAGAUGUAGGGCACGUGAAGCUCUCAGGCAGUGCCUUCCUGACCAACUGAAGGACACCACCUUCGCACAGGUCCUGAAGGAYGACACCACCACAAAGCGCUGGCUGGCUCAGCUCGUCAAGAACCUGCAGGAGGGCCAGGUCACUGACCCGCGCGGCAUCCCUCUUCCUCCGCAGUGACUGCUGGCGGAGGUGGCGGAUCAGGGAAAGAACAGCUCAGGUUUACAGAGAACCAGGAACAGGUGACCUCUUCUACAAGAAACUGGGCAUGCCGGCUGGCUUCCAGCCUGCCGCCCUGUAGGACCAUUCCACCCAGGCAAAGGGCUGCUCUGGAGCAGUGCAGGGUACCCCUGGGGAUCRCAACACCAGCAAAUACUGACACUGCAGCUUAAGAAAUCAAUAAAAAACAUUUGUAGMGAUCCCCGGCUCUCCAGAAGGCUUGGCUGGCAUCUGUUCCUCCAGUGCCAGACAGGGGCUAGUGCAGAGGUCCACGCUUCCAGCCAGCUCAGUCCCUACACAAGCACCAUGUGACACGGGAUGCGUGGUGUGUCCCUCCGGUUCCUUGUCACUCCACGUUUACCAGUCUGUUUGGAUGAGCAAGCUCAAUAAAAGCUGGUGCAGUUGCAGCCGCUCUCCAGCCUGCUCCUCCGCUGCCGGUGGCCUGGGGACUCGCUCUUCCCUGCGAGCGCAUCCUUGCCCYGGGCCGCGCAUCCCGCUGGCACAGCAAGCUGCUCGCUUGCCUUGCUUUGGCACAAAGGCAGCAGCUGGAGCCGGGCCCACUGCAGUAUUGGCCCCAGGAGGAGGGUAGAUUACUUGCAGCGAAGCCAUGCGUCAUAAGCUGGGUUUUCAGGGCGCUGGGGGAGGAAGAGACAGCAGGACUGUGGUCCUUGUGCUCUAAAUAGUGCAUUUCCUCAGCUCC